AAUUCGGCAACGACAGCCCUUGGUUGCUCGGCUUUGCGUGCGAGCCAGACUUGACGGCCUGCACCGUCGUCGGCCGCCAUCAAAAUCUCUUCACCUCAGUCACUUCCGUCGCCUCACACGCCUCCCAGCCCGUUGAGGCGCUGCAGCCAGCCCCGGCGCCUCAUCUCAGCAUUUCUUCGUGCGGCUGUCGUUUGGGUUUUCGCAGUCUAUGUGGCUUGGCAGCCCGAUUCAGUACCGAUAGGCUUAGCAAUACUGUUGCGCUGACGACGGACGAACAACAUGGACCGAAGCCAUGACCGGUCCAUUGUGGCUGGCAAGGACGCCAACGCCACUUCGAAACAUGUCGCGGGCUCCUCAGAAGAUGCGAGCAAUGCUCCGGUUGUUCAGCCGGUCCGCGAGGACUAUGAUGUCGAGACGGUAGAGCGCAUCUACAGAAAACUAGAUUUGAGAAUUAUCCCAGGUUGGUCACUUUUCAAUCGAAUAAAGCACGUCGCUAAUGCUGCUUGUAGCGUUCUGGAUACUCUAUUUUCUCUGCUCAGCAAUCCGCUCCAAUAUCGGCAUCGCCCAGACCAUGAACAAGAAAGAGGGCCACGACUUGAUGACUCUCCUGGGACUCACCCCCAAGGACGUGUCGACUGCGCUCGCUCUCUUUUACGUCUCUUAUGUCAUCUUCGACUUCCCCUCGAAUCUCAUCAUGAGUAAGCUGAGCCCUCGAGCCUGGAUGGCCCGUAUCGUCUUCGCCACAGGUGUCGUCGGCGCCUGUUUUGCUGCCGUACAGGAUGCAUGGAGCGUCAAAUUCUUGCGCUUUCUGCUGGGUCUGGUCAUAGCAGGCAUGUGGCCCGGCAUGGCCUUCUACCUAACCCUCUUCUAUCCGCCGUCUCGCACGGGCAAGCGCAUCGGCAUGUACUUCACUGCCGCGCAGGUGUCGGCCGCUGUGGUUGGGCUCGUGUCCGCCGGCUUCCAGCUCAUGGAUGGUGUCGGGGGGCUUGCCGGUUUUCGCUGGAUGUUUCUCAUCUACGGCCUAGUUGCGAUUGUCCUGAGCGUCAUUCUACUGUGGUGGCUGCCGGACCGCCCUCUUGCUCCGGGCCAGAUAAGGACGCGCCCAAAGUGGCUCAGGUGGUUGCCUGCCACACCCGAGGCCUUGACGGGCGAGGACGCGGUCAUUCAUUAUCACGACCUUCGCCGUGUUUACCACAGCAGGCCCUGGACUCUGCGGGAUCUGAUGCUCGUUUUGCUGGACUGGCGACUUUGGCCCUUGACGCUGAUGUACUUUGGCGUGGUUGGUGUCGGCAUUGGUACCCAACUCUACGGCUCCGUCAUCAUUGCAGCGAUUCAACCUCAGGCGACUUCGAUUCAAGUCAGCCUUCUUUUUGCGCCAAUCUGGAUUAUGGACCUCAUCGCGAUCCUCCUCGUCACGCCCAUCUCUGACCGCUUUCAUCGCUACCGAGCCGUCUUCUUCGCCGGCGCGGCCUGCAUCCAGAUUGCGGGCCUUUUGACUACCACCUUUGCCCUCAAGAACGGCUGGGCCCGUUAUGGAGGCCUUCUGAUGGUGGGGUUCGGUUUGGGACCUACCGUGCCGAUUUGCAUGGCAUGGAGUUCGGAAAUCUUCCAGCGUCGACACGGCGAGGUUGGGGUUGCAGCAGCCACUGCUCUGGUGUCGGGGUUGGGCAACCUUGGUAGCGUCACCACGACCUAUGCACUCUACGCCGGAUGGCCCGAAGACGCCGCAAGCGGACCGCAUCAGUUUCGCAAGAGCAACCUGACCAUGGUGGGCAUCCUGUGUGUCAGCAUUGCCAGUGCCCUGGUCAUGAUGGCGUUGUUGAAAGUCUUCGGGAACCCACCCAGCACAAAGCUUUACGACAACGACUCGGCAAGUGAGUUCGAGGAUGGAGCCGCGAGACGCGAAACACAACAACGUGGCUUCGGCAGGUUCCACCGCCGUUCGGCCCACCGAGCCUAGAGAAUUCCACUCGAGCUACACGUGGGCAUGGGCCUGCAGGAAUGUUCAACCCUCUUGUCUGGUCAAACGUUCCCUCCAUCCGGGUAGUUCAACCUACCAAUCACGGCUAUAACUAUUCCCUUUACAUGUUCCUAUGACCCUUGCAGCGGGCUACAACUGCUUUGCCCGCGCCUUCACUGUCGGUGUGAAUACCGACAUCGACGACAGUGCUGGUACGCCAUCGUCGAGGUAAGUCGGGGGAGGCACAGACAUCUGCGGUCGACAAUGCUGGUUACGCUAUCGACGGGUUGUCUGGCCCGCUGCCUGGGCAAAAGUUUGAUUCUUGCUUUGCUGCUUUAUAUGAUACCCCAUCUGCGUUUAUACCCGCUGUCAAACGAGUCUUACGAUGCUUCUCGACGGCGACAGUGCUGCUACGCCAUCGCCGGGACGGCGUGUUGGACCGAGACCAGACCGCGACAAUGCCGUAGCGCUAUCGUAUGGAAAGUCUCGUGGGCGUUUGCCUUUUGGUCUAUUCGAGUACGUGGCCAACGUCGAAGAUUGUGUGGAGUAAUAGAUACAUACAAUACAUUACUAUUCGGCCGACGUACGACCGG